CGAUGACCGAAAAUAGCGCAGAUGUCUUUAACACCAUCCCAUAAUUUAGCUUUGUAGCGUGGAUUUCAGUUCGCAAAAUGUCGAGUCGUUACUCAAGACCGCCAAACAGUUCACUUUACGUGAGAAAUUUACACCAUGAUACGAGGUAAGACUCAUAAGAGACACAGUAUAACCUCUAUUCUUUUUGAAAUCCACGUAACGCUAUGGAUUUCUUUUCACAGACCCGAAGACCUUCGACGUAUGUUCGGGAAGUAUGGACGCAUCACCGACGUGUACAUUCCCCUAGAUUACUACACGAGGGAGUCUCGAGGCUUUGCCUACGUACAAUAUCCUUUUCUGUAUGUUGUGACUUGUUAUUCGUCAAGUUUCUUUCUAUCUCUGAGUUUCUUUUCUUUGGUAUUAUUCGUAAUAACUGAAUUAUCUCAUUGUACUUUUGGUAGUCAGGACUAGAGAGAGAGCGAAAGCGAAAGUCCUCAAGAAAAAGUCUGCUAAAUCGGUAAAGAUUUUAAAGCCCAAGCUAAUCCAAAGUGGGAACGAAAGUUAAAAGUUCAAGUAACAGGAAUGAAAGCUUGUAAAGACAAAGCAAAGAGAUAUGAUUAUUCAAAAGAUGAAGUUAAAAAGAGUAAAUUGUCAAGGUACGGCUAGCCCAGGCGCGAAAAAGGCAAAGAAAGGUUUCAAGGGCUUGUCGAGUUAAGAGCAGUGGUGUUAAAAGUGGAGUCAAUUCUGCAAAGAGUGAAAUUUUUAGAUGUAAGUAUUAGAACCAAGCAUUAACUUGCCAUCACCAUUGCUGUUUUUAUCGUAUCCAGAAACUCCUGUCCAUUCUAAAACUUAAAAUUUUUUUCAGGAAUUAAGUAGUAGUGCUACCAAGUAUAAAAGAUCAUCAGCAACAACAAAGAAAAGGUGUAGGCAUGUAAAAGAAUCUUAAAGUCAAGUCAAAAGAAAGAAUGUGGUUGGCCUGCUGAUCAAAGUGUGUUGCAAGGUGCAGGGCAAUUGAAAGGCAAACAGAGUCAUCAUGAUGGUUUCCUUUUCAACCACAGAUAAAAGGCGCCUAGAAAGUUCAAAUUUGUCGGACUUGCAAGCUUGGUACACAGACAAGUCUUUAAGUAAUGUAUCAGAGAGUUUGGUGAUCAAAAUCUUUAAAGUUUAACAAGGUGCAAAGAAAGGCAACAAAAUGACAUUCCAAGCAAUUAUUUUUCAUCAAGACUGGCAUUUCGGUUAUCAAGUACCAAGUUUUCGAAAGAAUAACAACAAAUACUGUAAGUAAUUCAUGGUGAUAUGAAACUUCAGUGUCUGUUUUAGAUAGGGUAUAUCCCGUAGAAUAAGGUAUUUAUUACAAGGAGCUUGGAAAAGGAGGGGUAGCAAACGCUUCACUUGAUAUCAAACAAUUAGCUAUGUUAUUCUGCUGGAACAAGAGAUAUGCCAAGGAAAAGUGACCUUUGUUCAAAUAGAAAGCAAAAAUAGGUGCAACAUGGUGACACAACUACCCCUUGGAGGGCCUUUAUCUAGCUAGCAUUGCUUGUAAAAGAUUUUGUGGCUUUUUCCUGUAACGUUCCUCUGAUAUUAACUUUUGAAGAGUUUCAUUUUCUCAAGAUAUGAUUGUAUUUAGCCUUCAGGAAUGUAAAGGUCGGAAUUUUCUUUCAAACUACCUGCUUAAUAGCAAAAUGCCCUUAACAGCAUAAGUCAACCUGUUAUGACACCUUAAUAGAGUAUUGUAAAACCAAAUCAAAAUAAUGAAUCAUAACUAAUAAUUAAUCACAGUAAAGGAAAUUAUCACAAAAGCCAACGAGAAUGCAAAGAAGAAACCAGCAAACUAUUCAAAGUUGGAAAAACAUUGGUGAACUAGUUGCAAUUGGUUUUAAUUUUGAAUCUCAAUGGUGGAGAGGGUGGCAUAAGUUUUCUGGACCAAUCACAUGAUGAAGUGAACCAAACCAAAUCAAUCUAGAUUAACUUUUGAAAAUCAGUGAAAAAUUGCUCUUAAUGAAUAUUUUGGUGGGAAAAUCAGAAUAGAGUUUAGCCUUGUUAGAAAUGUGGAAGAAAUGUAUCACAAGUAACUUUGCUUACAAUUAUAUGUAAAGCAUUACUUAAGGUCAUUUGAGUUUGGCAUGUUUUAUGCUAUUGUCAAAUCUGCUCCAGAAAUACAAAGGAAGGUAAUUAAAGAGUGUGACGUAUCAGCAUAAAGUAUCAUUGUGUUCAAGUGUACUUCAGUGGUGACAGCACCUUCAAGCUUCUGGUCCAGGUCAAGCUUGGAAAAGGGGAAAUCAAGCCUUAACUAAUGAUACAUUUGAAGAUAUCCGUGAUGCAGAAGAUGCCCAUUACUACUUGGACAGGGUUGUUUUGCUUGGAAGAGAACUGGAAGUUCAGUUUGCAGAAGGAGACAGAAAGAGUAAGGCACUUUAUGAGACAUAAACCCAUUCAACAUCAAAAUAAGUCAAAGCUUUGAUACUUUUGGAAUUAACACCUCACCUGAAGCCAGCCUUCUUUCAAAAGCAUCUCACUUGUCAGUCAGAAUUGAAAAUAAGCUCCUAUCCAUAGUGGCACCUCUCCUCCCCAAUGUUUUCAUGGACAAGCACUGAGUCCUGUAAAGUUUUUUAACAGAUAGAGAAUGUCUUACAAUCUCUUUUCUUUAAAGAUGCAUUUUAUAAUUUUAUCCUUGUAAUUGGGCAUUUAUACCUUAACUGGUAUGGAUUUUGUGACUUGAGUCUGAGUCUUCUGUUUUAUUGCGUUUUCACCUGCUCUCAAUAUGAUCUAACUGCAAAUUAUUUCUUUUGUUUAGCCCCACAACAGAUGCGCGGCAAAGAAAAAAGGGAAACCUAUGGUGGUGGUGGUGGUUACAGCAGCAGGAGAGAUUAUCAGGAUGAUUCUUAUAGGUGAAACAUUGCUUUUAAUUUCUACUAACAAAGUUAGAGUACCUUAUGAUUGGGUGUCUUAAAACCCAAACCAAUAUGAAAAAUACAGGCCAUCACAUUAGAGGUCAAUAGUGCAAGGAAGUACUAAGAUUCAAAGGAUGUACAUGAGAAGUAGCUCAUACUUGUGAAUGUGUUCAUAAUUCAAGCGAGAUUAGAUUGCCAUCUGAUUUGUGUGGAGGAUUUUGAAAGGUUUCUUUUCAAGUGACCUACUCCAGUGAGUAAUGUAAUGGAACCAUGGCAAUUCCAUUUUACUGUCAACACCAAAUUUGAUUUGCUGUUUAGUUUGUUUUAGUUUGACCCUACUGAGUUUGAUUGUAGUUGGUGUUUUGGCCCACUAAACUCUGAUUUAAUUACAUGUAAUGGAAUUCUCCUUUUUAGAUCAUUAGUAGAUUUUGAAUUUUUUUUUUUCAGUCGUCGCUCCCGCAGUCGCAGUCCAAGGUGAGUUUUUGUUAUUUCAAAGCUAAGAAACAUAUGUCUGUGUAGCCACUAAGUCCCCUAAAGUACCGUCUUUAGUCCCUUAGUUUUUUGUAUGUGUUAGCAUGUGACUGCAGUUGCUCCUCAUCGCACCUAACCCAGCUGGCGUACAUAUCGACUCCUGUUUUGUGCACGUUCAAGCGUUUCAAUUCUUCUCUCGCUGGGAAAACCUAGCGAGUGGAUGCAUCCUCAGAAGGAUUAAAAUAUUUUGUUCUAGAAGUUGUGCUGUUACAAUGGGAGUAAAAAUAAGACGGAAGACCGACAACUUUCCACGUCCUUGGAGUUUUCAGAUGUAGUUCUAAGCAGACGAUUCGUUUCAAAAUUUCCAGUAUUAGUACAGUUCAUGAUCACAUUCAUGAUUGUUUCUUUUCUUCAGACGUCGUCGCCGUCGAUCUCACUCCCGUUCUAAAUCGCGUUCUCCCAAACGCCGUGAACGCAGCAGCCGUAGCGAAAGAAGCCGAGACAGUCACCGUGACAGCAAAAGAGAGAAAGAACGAGAGCGAUCACGAUCUCGCUCGAGAUCACGCUCGCCAUCUCCCGCACGAUCAGCAGCUUCACGGUCACGCUCAGGCUCUCCAGCAGCAGAGUUCAGCGAUAAAGAAGAAGAACAGGGUGGACAAAGCCGCUCACCAAGUCCAAACUAA